UAACUGCCAACAUGGCUGGUAUGAAACAAACUCCGCUCACGUGCAGUGGCCAUACGAGACCUGUUGUCCAUCUUGCUUUUAGCCAAAUUACUCCAUAUGGAUAUUUCUUAAUAUCUGCAUGCAAAGAUGGGAAGCCAAUGCUCCGACAAGGUGACACUGGGGACUGGAUAGGAACAUUUGUUGGCCAUAAGGGAGCUGUAUGGGGAGUUGCACUGAAUAAGGAUGCCAGCCAUGCAGCAACUGGAGCUGCUGAUUUCACUGCUAAACUUUGGGAUGCAGCAAGUGGUGAAGAUCUUCAUACUUUUCCCCACCAACAUAUAGUGAAGAGUGUGAACUUCAGUCCAGAUGGGAAGAAGUUGCUGACUGGUAGCAAUGAAAAAAUUGUACGCAUUUUUGAUAUCAACCAGUAUGAUGCAGAACCUUUGCUGUUUAAGGGUCAUACAUCUGCCAUUAGACAUGCUCUCUUUUUAAAGGAAGAAAAAGUUGUGAUUAGUGCUUCUGAUGACAAGACUGUAAGAAUUUGGGACACUGGCACUCAACAAGAAGUGAAGAAACUGGAAUUCAAGGCAACUCCAAGUAGUUUACAAGUGUCACAGGAUGGAACUCUUCUAGUCAUUACACAUGGAAGCAACAUUAGCUUUUGGGAUGCCAACAGUUAUGACCAAAUCAAAGAAUAUACAGCCCCUACUCAAGUCAGUUCGGCAUCUUUACAUCCUGAUAACUCUGUGUUUGUUUGUGGAGGAGAAGACUUUAAAAUGUACAAGUAUGAUUAUGAGACUGGAGCAGAGCUUGAUUCUUUCAAAGGCCACUUUGGACCAAUUCACUGUGUGCGAUUUUCUCCUGAUGGAGAAUUGUAUGCAAGUGGUAGUGAGGAUGGAACCCUUCGGUUGUGGCAAACUACAGUGGGUAAAACAUAUGGACUUUGGAAAUGUGUACUUCCUGAUGAUGCAGCUGCUAAUGAAUCUGGUGAUGUCUCUUCUGCCCAAGAUGAUAAUUCUGUUAAGGCAGAAGCUUAAUGUUGAUUUAAAAUUUACCAAUAUUUUGUUCGUUCUAAAAUGAAAAUAAUUGGGUCAAUAUCAUUAAAGAUCAGACCUGUAGAACUAUGCUUCCCACUUUUUUUAAAGCCCAUAGAAGUGACUUUUCAAAUUCCCUGUCACUUGGUGUUGGUAAAUAAGAGAGGCUUAAAAAACUAAAAAAAA